AAGCUCAAGUCUAAGUGUUGUCUUGGGCUCAGCUGAGAGCGUCCUGCAUCCUUGAGUGCGUCAAGUCGAGCUGCCAUUCUACAAUUUACCUGCUUCCUACUACUUCAUCAUUUUAAACAAUGGGCACGUCGGUCUCCAAGGUGCUGCACCACAAAGCUUCCAUUGCUAGUACGAUGGUCGUACAAAAGGUCAAGGCAAAACCGAUGCUGUCGCAGUCUCCGAUCGACAUCAUUGAAGACCCCGUAAUGGAAUCGGUGACGCUCAGCUCGGAAGAGAAUACACUUCAAUUGGGCUCUGCAUCGGCUGAGAUCCAACUCGUGCACGGUGGCGACAACUUCCAAGUGAACUGGUGCAACCACGAACAAAACGUGCUGACACUCAAUGGCAAGAAGUAUUACACUGUGCAGUUCCAUUUCCAUGCUCCAAGUGAGCACACCGUGAACGGUAAAUCUCGAGCUAUGGAGCUGCACUUGGUGCACCAAGCAGAAGAUGGAUCAUUGGCGGUGGUGGGGGUGUUCUUUACUGAGGGCAAGGAGAACGCCUUCCUGGCCCAGUUCUGGGACGAGAUUGCCACCCUCAAUCCCAAGAAACAUGACCACGUCGCCUUGGGUCAGAUCACCGGUGGGGAGGAACUCAAUAGUCUACUAGAAGGCAAGAUCUUCCGCUACCAGGGCUCACUCACGACCCCGCCGUACUCAGAAGGAGUCGAGUGGGUUGUCGUGAGUGACAUGCUAGAGGCCUCACCCGAGCAGCUCGAACUGUACCGCAACUUUCUUCCGCGACCAAACGCUCGUGAUACACAGAAACUCAACGGCCGUACGGUAUCACUGUGUCAGUGCUCGAAUAUCACGCCUUUCGGUGCCUAAGAAAGGUGACGAGAGCUUGUUAUACUCCUGAGAACGGACCACAGUCGUUAAUAUCUGAGAAUUUCAUGUAAACGUUUAAAGUG